AUGAGGGGAGCGCACGAGCCACUGCAUCCCCACAAGCAGAUGAAGACAUCGUCUUCUUCCAGAGAGGGCAACCAUGGGUAUUUCGUGCCCAGACCCGUCUGCGCUUGGCUUGUCUGCGGCUUCGUCGCCAUGGCUCUCCUCCACGUCCUCUGCUGCACUCCCCCCGGCACCCAAGAAGCCGUCUUGUCUCCACUGCUCCAGUACGUCGACGACACCUACAACUUCGUCUCAUCUGGGCCGGAGAGCUGCAACUACACGGAGGGGAGAUGGGUGUAUGCGCCGGGCCACGGCCGGCGGUACAACGGCACGGAGUGCGACGUGAAGGACAGCCAGAACUGCAUCCGCAACGGGCGGCCGGACACGGGGUACCUGGACUGGCGGUGGCAGCCGGCGGCGGCGGGGUGCCGGCUGCCGGCGUUCGACGCCGCGGCGUUCCUGUCGUCCGUGCGCGGCAAGCACGUGGCCUUCGUGGGCGACUCCAUGGCGCGGAACCAGGCGCAGUCCCUGGUCUGCCUCCUGGUGGGCGGCGCCGGCGUCCCGCACCGCGUCGUGUACCGGGACCCGGACUACCCGCGCAAGUUCAACCUGUGGCGGUACGCGUUCCCGGCGCAUGACGUGACGGUGUCCUUCUACUGGGCGCCCUUCAUCGCCAGGGCCACGGGCAAGGCGCUGAACGACAGCCUGCCGCAGAACAUGAACCACGUGCACCUCGACGCGCUCGACGACCGGUGGGUCGCCGACGCCGACGGCAUGGACGUCGUGGUGCUCUCCAUCGCGCACUGGCCGCUGAACGGCGCCAUCUACUACAACGGCAGCGCGCGGAUCGGGCACCACGCGCACCGGGAGCUGGACCCGUCGGAGGACAUCGGCUACGCCUGGCCGAUGAAGGUGGCGUACCGGAUGGCGUUGGACCGGCUGAUGACGACGAGCUCCGGCGGCGGCCGGGCGCCACGGACCGUGGUGAUCGCCACCUUCUCGCCGGGCCACUUCGAAGGCAACACCCUCACCACGAUGUGCCCGAGGAAGGAGCCGUACAAGGAGGGGGAGAAGGAGCCGCGCCACCUCGACAUGGAGCUGGUCGGGCUCGUCUACGAGGAGGUCGAGGCGGCGAGGGCGAGGAAUGGCGCUGGUGGUGAAGCAGCAGGCGGCGGCGCAGGGGCAAGGGUGGAGGUGCUGGACGUGACGAAGCUGGCGGUCAUGAGGCCGGACGGCCACCCCGGGCUUUACAUGCACCGCGACCCGUUCGCGCACGGCGGCCCGCAGCCGUGGAUGUCGUCCGACUGCGUCCACUUCUGCUUGCCUGGACCCGUCGAUACCUUCAACGAGAUACUGCAGCAGAUCCUCAGGAACAAGCGGUGA